ACGCCGAGGUCACGUGGAGGGGGGGGGUCUCCCUACGUAAGAUGGCGGCGGCGGGCGUCUUCCUCACCCCUCUCGUCUAGCGGCGCGCUCGGCAGUGAGAGAUGCGGUGAGGGAGGAUGAUGGUGAUGAGAGUGGAGGAGGGGAGAUCGGCGACCAUGCUCGCCCCAGCCCCGGGAGCAGACGGAGGUCACCGCCGCCUCCACGCCGAGGUCACCGCCCACAUCUUCGGAGACGGCGUCGGCCCCUUCGGCGACGAUGGCCUCGGCAUGGACCGGUGCAGGGGAGAGGAAUUCGGCGGCUACUACUACGACGACGGUUACGGUGACUACUACGACGACGACGACGAUGACGGCGCCAGUCGCUACCAGGAGCGCGUGGCCUCGGCCUCCCUGGAGUCGUCGCUGCCGGGCUGCUUCGCCAGCCUCCCCGUGCCCAUCCUCGACUCGCUCUGGGAGGCCCCCGGCAGUUUCAACGGCGACUUCGUGCUGGUCACCGAAUUCUGCGAGGUGGUGGGACCCAAGCCCGUGCUCACUGUGCCCGACGGCGCUGGCGGGGACUUCGACCAGAACCACUUUGCUCUGCGGGUCAUGUCCGUGGACUACCAGCUCGGCAGCAGCAUCUCCGUGAGCGUCGGUGCCGAUUGCGACUCCCCGGACGGCGGCGGCGGUGGCGGCGGCGCUCCCCCGCUCAAUAUGGCGCGCGACAGCAAGCACCUGCUGCGCGACUUCAAGCAAGGUGCCUCGGCAUACGUCCACCACUUCACCUUCUACGACCUGGAGGCGCGCGGCUUCGUGCGGCCCUACUGCAUGUCAUACGUGACGGCCGACGAGCACAAGCUGCUGCCCGCCUACGAGCGCCUUGCCGCCGACUUCGAGCGCGCCUCCGAGUGCUUCAAGCAGGGGAACCGCCGCGAGUUCUCGCGCUCCGUCUCCGAGCUCCUGGAGGAUCUCGAGUUCACCAAGGCCGAGCUGCUGCGCAGGGAUGACCCGAAGCAGCAGCAGCAGCAACAACAGCAGCAGCAACAGCAGCAACAACAGCAGCAACAACAACAGCAGCGACGUGGAGGAGCUGUGAACGCGGCGACCGCAACGGCAGCAGCGAUGGGGCCACCGGCCCAGCGCCUGCCCGUGUGCACCGCGGCCGCCGUGGAGCAGUCCAACGAGCUGGGCAACGUGGAGCGGUUGCUCUUUGACCACAGGCAGCUGCUGAACCGGGUGCGUGGCGCCUCGUGUGCGGUGGGCGACGCGGCGCCGACGGCCAACGGUGGCGCUGCGUACACACCCAAGUACUACCGCCAGAGGAGCUGCAAGGGCGCGGAGAAGACGCUCAAGAGCAUGCGCGAGCUGUGCGGCAGCCUGCACUUCGAGCGGGGCGUGGAGCUGCUGAGCGAGCUGCAGCGGCGCUACCGGGCUGACACGGCCCAACUGGCCUUUGUCCACUCCGACCUGUGGCUUCACGCCUUCGCGGCCAGCGACUGCGAGCGCCUGUUCCCCGAAUUGGGUGCAGGGAGCCCCGGGGAAGAGGAGCCAGAUGAAGAUGAUGGCGCCGACGGUAACGACGACGGUGACGUGGCGAAGGGGUGCGUCGACAGUUGGCACCACCGGCGCACGUCGGCAGUCGCGGCGUGCAGCCUGGAGUCGUACGCGUCGUGCGUGGAGAGCGUGCCCAUCAGCGUCACGCGGGGGGGGACCUCCACCGCGCUUGGGCCUCCUCCGUCGCCGACGCCGCCUCCGCCGCUGCUGCCCCAGACCGAGGGUGUGGGCAGUGCGGGCAGCGGCGACAGCAUCGAGGUGCUGAGGACGGAGUGGCCGCAGGACGCAGGGGUGGUGGCAGCAGCCACAGAGGAGGAGCAGGACGAAGAGGGUGAAGAGGACCGGGAUGAGGGGCGUGAGCAGGAGGUAGCGGAGGAGGAGGAGGAGGCGGUGGAGGCAUUGGUACCGGUGUCAGGCCCCAGCGGUCCCGAUUGGGCCCCUCGGCUGUACGAGCUACGGCGCUCGCACUCCGUGCACAGGAAUGUGAGCGAGGACAGCAUCGAGGUGCUCGGCUCCACCGCCUUUGCGCUGUCACCGGCGCCGUCCUACGUCAUGGAGGCGCCGCCCGACUCCAUCGCAGAGGAGACGGUGGGCGAGGCGGGGGUCUGCAGCGUCGAGGGUGACGAACCCUCCUCCCUCAUCUUCUACUCGUGCGACGGCUACAUGGAUAAAGACUGUGGCUGCGGUGAUGACGACGACGGAAGAAACAACGGCAACAUCAUCGGUACCCUCGCUGAGGAGGCGGAGAACGAGGAGUUGGGCUGGUGCCCAGACGCUGGUGCAAACGAAGGCGGCGGGAAAGAACUGCGGGUGCACGAGCGGGAGCCGCCGAACGGGGAGGAGCUCUCGCUCUCCCUGCAGGACACAUUCUCGGACAGCAGCAGCAGUCACUUGAGCCGCGGGCUAGAGACCCCGGCACCUGCGGCCGACGGCUUCGACGCGCUGCAGCUGGCCAGGCGGCUCGGCAAGCCCGUGACGCACGUGCUGUUCGCGCUGCUCAGCGGGCGCACGCUGGCCGUGCUGGCCGAGGGCGAGGCGCAGGCGCGCCGCACCGUCGACGCGCUGCUUCCCUUCGUGCCGGCCGGUGGGAGAGGGCACGGGCGUGGUGGCGGUGGUGGGCACGGCCAUCGUCGCAGUCGUCCCGCCGUAGAGCCGUGGCGCACGGAUGCCCUGCGCAUCAGCGACAUCGCCGCCGUCAAACUCGUCGGCAUGAAGAGCUCGCAGGCGGUGCAUGACGCCCUCCUGCGCUACCGCCGUUACGUGUCGGUGCUGGACACGGCGAGUGGCACGCUCACGACUCCGCUGUACCAGGGCACCGCGCUCGCCAACCUCUCCGGCCUGCACGGACGUUCCCUCGCCGGUAACCGGGCGUACCUGGCGCGCGCGGGCGCCAUCGUCGCCGAGCUCUCGUCCAAGGCCUUCGUGCUGCGCUCGCACCUGUGGGGUCGCUGCCGCUCCGCGGGCAGCGGGGCCGCCGACGAAGCGGAGGCCCUGCCGCGCGGCGCCGUCACAGAGUGGUGCGGCUCCCGCCUGGGUCUCCUCCCGGACGACGCGCACAUCGUGAGACACUUGGCCGAGCUGAUGGCCGAGCGCGGGGCGAUGGGAAGGCCCGCAUGCCCACCCGCCCUGAGGGUCGACUACGUGAGCAGCUCCACCUUCCGGUUCCAGCCUUUCAGGGCCGCGGACAUGGUGGUGGACAGCUAACGCCCUGACGGGCACACGUGUCCUCCGUUUAAGAGGAUCGCCAUGGCUGGCUGGCUCGCUUGCUGCUGCUGCCUCCGUUUUUUAAAGGGGAACCGAUACGUAACCAUUUCCUUCAAAUUCAGUGUUUUUUUAAUUCAUUUAAAAAUUUAAAGUGAAGCACCAGGGGCCUGCACAUGUUGAUCAAAAAACUAAAAUGUUGCAGUGUGUUAAAAUGCAUGUCGUAAUUUUAAAAGUUAUUGGAAGGAUACAUGUGCUCGAAAUACUGCGCUACUCUCAACUUCCCCACAGCUGCAGGGCUGAACGGUUAGCGAGAGCCAUGCAGUUUAAAACUGCACAUUAUCAUUGCUGCAUGGAUAAACAUGUGCAGUGCUCCGUAAUUUUGAGUUGAGAUGCACAGGCCUGUCAAAGCUUGGUGCUAGGAUACUUGUGUUGAAGGCAGUCAGCAUGCUAAACAGCCGGAGUGAAUGUGUGCCAAAUUCUUUUUCUGGAGACAAUGGCAAUUUUCUGCAUGCUAGUGAGUUGAUGGUGCUGCUAAACAAACCCCGAAUACUGCGUGCCAAACCCCGUCUUCCCUCCCGAGCAUGCCUUGCCUGAAACGCGCCUUUGCCUGCAAUGUUAGCCGUCGUGUUUUUUUGUAUUCUGUACAGAGCGGCACCUUGCUGAGUUUUUAAAACUUGAUUUUGAGUUGUAAACUGUCAUGCCAUACGCUAACCGCAGCGUUUCCACGGGUUUGUUUUUAAAUCUUGAAGGUUACCCGCAGUGCACUAAUUUUAAAGGAGAGUAUUUUUUCAAGAAUAUCUAUUUACUGCCGGCGGCUUCUAAUGUUACAUUAAUGUUACCGUGAACCUACAUGCUAACAAAAAAAGGAAACGGUUUUAUUUUCAAAUGUCACGGUUUGUAUGUUGUUAUGAAUGUUCUGGAUAGUUAUCGUGGGAAUGUUUUAAACGAUACCAUUUGCAGAAGUGUUAAGGAGAGGCGGAGGAAGUAACCAAUGUUACUCACGCCUUCAUGCCGUUCUACCACGUGGGCCGACCUGAUUACAGCAAUGACAGGACAAGCCAACCAUGCCCUUUAGCCUCUGUUGGAUUCCUCCACAGCGUUUGCACCACGAUGGGACAUGGAUAAUGGAUGCAGAGGUCCACCGCCAGUACUCGCCCAUGCUAAUCCACUGGUCCCCUCCAAUCCAUGAGGACAGUGUCUUGGCUUAAGGGGAAUAAAACAAACUAAGGAUGCGAAACCAAAAGUAGUUUGGAUCCACUUUAGGUCUGUCAUUCUCAUACUUUGAACUUCUCUUGCAAGUGGGGAGCCGUUCUUAAGUUCCUCAGUUUACACAUGGUGCCUGUCAAUAAGUUACCCCUUACUAAAAUUCACAAUUGUCGUUGUAACCCAGAAAACGUCCCAAAUGGGGAAAACAUGCAGAGCUGUGUCGCACAAAAUACUGAGGACCAAAGUUGUUGCGAAUCUUAAUGUUACAGGAAUCGUAAAAAGACCCUGCCCCUCCAUCUUCAAUGUCAGUACACUCCUGUGCUUCAGAUUUUAAGGCGAGCAAAAUAAUGCAUUAACAUGAAUACAUGUUUUAAACCGUAAAUUCACGUUGCGAAAAGCAAAUCAGAUAAGUGAACAUUAAUGCCUUGCACAAUGCUACAUGCAGAAAUGUCCUCACUAAUUUUAACAGCGUGGUUGGAAACAUAAUUUGGGUCUCUGUAAAAGUACAACACUGCAUUAAUUUGGGCAGACUGCAGAGCCGGCCAAGAUUCUGCGGUCGGGGUUGUUUACGUGCUCGAAUGUGGUGUCUGGAAGAAUGGUUGGUUAUGAAGGGACAAAGGAGCCACCACCAUUGUGGGCUGAUGCGUCUGGCUCAAAUAAAGCUUU